UUUUUCCUUAGCAACCAGUGCUGCUCCCGCCAUGGCUGAAGUAGUUACUGCAGCCACGGAAAAAGUUAUCCGGAUCCAGAGAGUGUUUAUAAACCUACUGGAUUCAUACAGCAGCGGCAACAUCGGGAAGUUUCUGUCUAACUGCGUGGUUGGGGCUUCCCUUGAAGAAAUUACAGAAGAAGAGGAAGAAGAAGAUGAAAGCAAGUCAACCAUGCCGGAAGCCUCAGCAGCCAAACUGAAGGAAGGCACCUUCCAGAUUGUGGGCACGCUCUCCAAGCUCGAAAGCGUUCGGCCCGACUUUGCCGUGGAGACGUACAAUACCAUCUCUCGAGAACACCUUCUCAUGCGCCUCCUGGAGUGUGACGUCAUCGUUUAUAACAUCACCGAGAACUCACAGCAAGCAGAGGAGGCCAUCUGGGCAGUCUCUGCACUGCAUGAAGAAGUCAGCCACUUUGAGAAGCGCAAGGUGUUUAUUUUAGUAUCCACGGUGAUGACCUGGGCGCGAUCCAAACCCCUGGACCCUGAUGAUUCUGAGAUUCCAUUUACUGAAGAGGAUUAUCGAAGAAGAAAACACCAUCCAAAUUUCCUGGACCACAUAAAUGCUGAAAAAAUGGUUCUCAAAUUUGGAAAAAAUGCCAAAAAAUUCGCAACUUACGUGGUUGCUGCUGGACUUCAGUACGGAGUGGAAGGUGGCAUCUUACAUUAUUUUUUUAAGAGCGCUUGGUUGGGUGAGGUCCCUGCGUUACCUGUGUUUGGAGAUGGAACAAAUGUAAUUCCAGCAAUUCAUGUUCUGGAUCUAGCAGGAGUGAUACAAAACAUCAUAGACCAUGUGCCGAAGCUUCAUUACCUGGUUGCUGUGGACGAGUCUGUUCAUACCCUGGAAGACUUGGUCAAGUGCAUCAGUAAAAAUAUUGGCCCUGGGAAAAUCCAGAAAAUACCCAAAGAAAAUGCCUUCCUAACCAAGGACUUAACGCAAGAGUGCCUUGACCAUUUACUGGUCAAUUUGAGAAUGGAAGUACUUUUUGUGAAGGAGAAUUUUAAUAUUCGAUGGGUUGCCCAAACAGGAUUUGUGGAAAAUAUCAACAAUACCCUCAAAGAGUACAAGCAAAGCAGAGGAUUAUUGCCGAUCAAGAUCUGCGUUCUGGGUCCUCCUGCUGUGGGAAAAUCCAGUGUUGCCGAAGCCUUGUCCAAGCACUACAAACUGCAUCACAUCAAAUUGAAGGAUGUCAUUUCCGAAGCCAUAGCGAAACUGGAGGCGAUUGUCACACCUCAGGAUGAGGGGGAAGAGGAAGAAGAAGGUGAGGAGGAGGAGGAGGAGGAAAAUGUGGACGAUGCGCAGGAGCUCUUGGAUGGCAUCAAGGAAAGCAUGGAGCAAAACGCAGGCCGACUAGAAGAUCAAUAUAUAAUUAGAUUUAUCAAAGAAAAGGUGAAAUCUAUGCCUUGCAGGAAUCAAGGUUAUAUUUUGGAUGGAUUCCCAAAGACCUAUGAGCAAGCUAAAGACCUGUUCAAUCAGGAAGACGAGGAGGAGGAAGAGGAAGUCAGAGGCAAAAUGUUUCCCUUUGAUAAACUAAUCAUACCUGGGUCCUGCCAGGCUGAAUUACUCCCAUGGUUACCUGAUCCAGAAGCCAAAGCCCAGAGACUUACCCAAGACCACUUUCCUGAGUUUGUUUGUGUGCUGGACGCCUCGGAUGAGUUCCUGAAGGAGCGGGUGAUGAACCUUCCCGAGAGCAUCGUGGCGGGGACCCACUACAGCCAGGACCGCUUCCUCCGGUCUCUGAGCAACUACCGGGACCUCAAUACUGAAGAUGAGACUGUCAUCAACUAUUUUGAUGAGAUUGAAAUCCACCCGAUACAUAUUGAUGUAGAAAAACUUGAAGACCCUCAGAACAGGCUUGCCAUCAAACAGCUCAUCAAAGAGAUUGGGGAGCCUCGAAAUUACGGUUUAACGGAUGAAGAAAAGGCAGAAGAGGAGCGGAGGGCUGCGGAGGAGCGGCUGGCCAAGGAGGCGAUGGAGGAAGCAGAACGGGAGCACAAGGAGGCUGUGGAGUUGGCCGAGAAGAUCGCUCGCUGGGAGGAGUGGAAUAAACGACUAGAGGAAGUGAAAAGAGAAGAAAGAGAAUUACUAGAGGCCCAGUCUGUUCCCCUGAGAAACUAUUUAAUGACCCACGUUAUGCCAACACUGAUGCAGGGUCUGAAUGAGUGCUGUAAGGUCAGACCAGAUGAUCCCGUUGAUUUUCUGGCAGAGUAUCUCUUCAAGAACAAUCCUGAAAUGCAGUGAAACUUUAAAGAUCGUGUGUGAUGUACCCUUACAGAGUUAGAGAUGAGUUAACAUUGUAAUUUGAAAUUUUGCUUGGAAAAAAAAAUGCUUUUCCAGUUUUUGGAAAAUUCUUUGUUUUCCCCCAUAAGCAAAUACUUUAUUAUUUUUUAAUACUUUAUAAAUUUUUUUUGCAAAUACUUUAUUAAGUAGAAUCAUAAAAAGCUAAUGGCAAUGAUUGACUUCAUUAAAGAACUUUACUUGAAAGGUAAAUUGAUAAAGUAUGUGCAUAGUUCAUGGGACAAACAUUGAUUUAAUAUUUCAUUCUUAGUCAAGUGUUCUGCUCACUUGGAUUUACAGUAAUUUAUCACAUGAAGAAAAUCAGACUAUAUAUUAUUUGAACAUGUAGGCUAAUGACUUUACACAGUUUGCUAUUGCCCCAAUACCAAUGGUGUCAGAAAGAAAUGAAAAUGGUUUGUGCUUUGUUGACUCACACUGAGUCAGAUGUCAUUGGUUUCCACUAGGUUAAUUUCUGAGUUCAGGGUCAGUAUCUUAAGCAAUGAGUCAGAGAAAGAAUUGUAAACCUCUUGGUAGAAAAAAAUCCCGUAACAGAAUGAAUAAUCCUAAUAUUUGUGAUAAUUAAAAGUUGCUGAAUAUGUUCAACAAACUUUACAAUACAGGCAUAGGCAAUCAA